GGACAGAGUGCCAAGGGCCCGCGGGACGCGGCGGCGUGCGGGGACCCCAGGACCCCCGCCUCCGCCCAGGGCAGCCGGGGCCGGGCCCCUGAGCGCGGCAGUGGAUGGAGCCCAGCAGUCCCGAUUCCUGCGCUCUGGAGGUUCAGGCAGCUGCGGGGACCGCCUUUCCGAGACUGGGACAUGAAGGUCGCUGUGUUGGACCUGGGGUCGCUCUUUGCCAAAAUCUUCAAGACCUCGACGGCGCCCCCGGCGGUCCCCUCUCCGGUGGCCUCCUCCAGCCCAUCAGGAGGCGCUGCCAGCGCAGGGCGCACGGGCUCCAGCGCUGGCGCCUCGCUCAGCACGGCCGCGACCCUGAACCUCUUCCCCGCCCUGGCCCCCGGCUCCCCGUCCGCCGCGCGAGGGGCACCGCUCGCCGCCUCCCACCCCCGGGUCUCGGUGGCGAGCCGAGCGGCAGCGGCAGCAGGGACCCCCCUCUCGCUGCCCAGUAGCCCCGGAGCAGCCAGAGUGCAGCCCCCGCUCCCCGCCCCCGCCAGCAGCGUGUGCAGCGCGGCGGGCUCCCCCGCGCACCUGGUGACCUGGGGUCGGGCGCCCAUGGGCCCCGGCGGGGUCUGCGCUGCGCGCCCACGGGGCACCCGCCAGUCUGGCCCCGGAGAGCGAGAGCCCGGCGCUUGGAUGCCCCCCGGGGCUGGCCCCAGGACCCUGUUCUUCACCCUGCCGGACAUCGGCGAGGAGUGGGCCUCGGACAGCGACUCGGAGGACGGCGGGGAAGCAAGAGGACUGUCAGAAGGACCUGGAAAGCACAGUUUCGUUGUCAAAAGCAAAGAUCCUUUACCUACACGUUUUACAAGAAAAGUGCAGAAAGCCAUCGAUAAAUAUACCUGCGAAUCCUUGUUGUCAUUGGCAUCAAGCGGCCGCCCCACACCUGCAGGGGCCCCCAACUCGUGGUCGGGGUCCGAGACCCAAAGUUCCACCACUGGCUUAUCCACGGAGAGGAGCUCCAUUUACUCUUGGAGAGAUGACGAGUUUGACAAAGCCAAUGCACAGAAAGUACAGCAGUUAUUCUGGGAGGUGGAAGAAAUGUUAUUCGAAGGGAAAGUAAGCCCUCAGACUCAGAAUCUAGUGGCUGAAUGCAGCGAGUGGGCCAGAAGAUCCCUCCAUCUGAGAGUAUUAGGAAGGCAGCUCAUAGUGCCAACUGAUGAAGGGUUCCAACAUUUCCAGGGCAACGAGCUGAGUUCCGUGGUCCACACGCCCUUCCUGGAUGCCUGCGGAUGCAACCACGACAGCAGAGAGCUGUGCGUCUCUGGCUCUCAGAUACUCCCAGCGGUGUGUCCCGCCUCUGCCCUCCUGGGCCCCGCUUGCACACGGCCUGCUGACCUGCUGGCGUGUCCACCCCUGGAAGAAGAGAUUUAUGAUGUGGAUGGAAAGAUUGAAGAAUAUUUUGCUUUUGACAGAAAAGAAGAGGAUGAUGAAUGUCCUGAACAAAAAUCAGUUCAUCGUCAUAGGAUGUGGCGUAAACACGGACUUCCUCCUGUUUCUCCUCAUGACUGUAUCAGAGACGCGGUGGCUGCGGGAGUGUUUGAUCGUGUCUGGACAGAUGUGGUAGAACUAUUCGAAGAGCUGAUUCGAAAACAUUGGGAAGCUACGCUCCCAGAAGGAAAGAAACAGAAAGAAAAAUUGAAAGUAGCUGAGAAUAAAUCUCCACUUACGCUCAUUUCUCGUAUGAACACUGAUGCCUUGAGUGUUCCCCCAUCCAGAAGCUCUGAAGCCCGAAGUAUAUCCCUGGCUUCUCAUCUUCAUCCACCUCAGAUUCACCGCUUCUCCAACAAUUUUUACAAUGAUUUGAGUGGUGUGAUGACAAUUCAAGCAAAACCGCUUCAGCAGAGACCUACCUAUUUUGCAGAUAGAACACAGAAUGAGCAAGAAGACAAAUCACUGGGCGUGGGGGCCAGUGCUCCGUCUUUGGCCCGGCACCGUCUGGGACGUGUCUCAGAUGCUCGCGGACUCCACGCUUCCACGAGGAAAACAGCUGCGCAUACGAGGCUGCCUUCUCUUACUUCAGACUCUCAGAGAAUGAAAACCCCCAACGUGUACAGUGACGAAGUUCUUAGGGGAACAAAACUGCAAACCGGCAUAGACCGGGGGUCCCCCCCACCAGCCCCUGCCUCCCGGAGCAGGUUACCCCCCAUAGGCUCAGAGACUGGUGAGCAGAAGGUGGCAGUUCCCGGAUCUCAACCUGUUCCUUACAGAGGGAGGCAUCCGCAGAACCGUGUGUUAAGUGCAGUACCUGACAGUUUAGAACGCUCACCUCUUCGAGAAAGAUAUCUGACCAUAGAACAGUUUUCAAGACCCAGCACAACCCACACAUUUCGGUUAGAUACUCCUCGAAAAGGUUCAUUGACCCUGAUGGAAUUUGCUGGCCACACAUGGACAAGUCAAAGUCUUUUGACAGGUUCACAGCAUCCACCUAAAUCUUUUCAGAGGACGACUCUGACUUCAAGAAAGAGAUUCCAAGUGGCAUCUUGAUGGAGCUGGGAGCAGCUGGAGUCCCAGCAUGCCAUUUAUCACAGGGAUAGCAGAAGAACAAGUAUUACACUAUGUAUCUGUUUGUCUGACAGUGGGACGUGAGCCCGGCUGAGAGAAAUGCAGGCAAAUAAACAACUUAGUUUUGAA